AGUAUAUUAGAUUGGUGUGAUUUCGGGUUUGGUUUUUGCGUGUUUUUGUUUCAUCGAGUAGCUUCAACUAUUUACCGCCCCGCCGGAGAAGGAGAAGAAGGAUCUGUGUCGUGUUGUGUCGCCAUGUCUCGGGUUGACAACAGAAAUUCCUCUGCCGCCAAGCGUGCUAGGACUGAUGGUAGCCGUAGGGAAGAUGAUUGGACUUGCCCCAGCUGUGGCAAUGUCAAUUUCUCUUUCAGGACAACUUGUAACAUGCGUAAUUGCACUCAACCAAGGCCAGCUGAUCAUAAUUCGAAAUCUGCUGCCAAGCCUCUACAAGCUCCACAGGGUUAUUCAUCCGCAGCUCCUUAUUUAGGCUCUAAUGCUCCAUCUUCUAUAUAUCUUAGUGUCCCACCAUAUGGAUCUUCUCUGUUCAAUGGAUCAUCAGUUCCUCCCUAUGAUGUUCCAUUUUCUGGAGGAUCAGCAUAUCACUACAAUUAUGGUAGUCGCCUCUCUGCUGGAAGUCCUUAUAGACCAUUGCAUUUAUCUGGACCUGCACCCUACACCGGUGGGCCAGUGAUGGGAAAUGGUGGGAUCUAUGGGAUGCCCCAACUGUUGGAUCGCUAUGGCCUGGGUGUGCCUAUUGGACCUGGGACAAUGGGUGCCAGACCUGGAUUUUUUCAUGAUGACAAGUCUCAGAAAAAAGACACAACUCGUGACAAUGACUGGACAUGUCCAAAAUGUGGCAAUGUCAAUUUCUCAUUUAGAACUGUCUGCAACAUGAGAAAGUGCAACACGCCCAAACCUGGAUCCCAGGCCUCAAAGUCGGACAAAAAUUCUAAGCAAAAGAUGCCUGAAGGAAGCUGGAAGUGUGAAAAGUGUAACAACAUAAACUAUCCUUUCAGAACCAAGUGCAACAGACAGAAUUGUGGUGCUGACAAGCCUGCUGAGUCUGAUAAAUCUCCUUCACCAUCUGCUGAUCAAAAUGAUCAGUGAGUACUAGGACAUGUUUGAGGGUUGAGAAGGUCCAGAGUUGUCAUCAAGAAUUGCUCAAUUUCGGUGUCUGACAGUCAGUCUUGUCGUCCUCUAUGUUGCAGCAGUUGUCAAGUCACUCACCUUCUCAAUGUGUCAAGUUGUUGUAUUAACCGAGAUGGUAUUUUGGUCUUUGUGGAUUGUUAUGAUGCAUGUGUCAGCCAACUUUCCUGGCACAAAGGUUAUUGCAGUUUCCAGUUUUAAGUUUUCUUUUGGUUCAUGAAUGUCUGUGUUUAAGUAUUACUCUAGAUGCCUCAAAAGAAUAUGAAGAUUCUAAGUGUUAGGUGGUGGCAUUUAGUUUUGGGUAGUAGCUGAAAGUGUCUUCCUAACAUACCACUUAGGAUAUGUGCAUCAGUAUUUGUUACAGAAGCCAAUUUCUCUCAUGCCGUUGCUUGUAGCUACAUGGAUGAUUCAUGUCGUGUCGUUGAAUUAAAGUUGCGGUUAGAUUAUUUAGUAGUUUUUUUAUUUUAGUUUCAUUUAGAUAAGCGUUCCUAGCCCUAUAAUAUUUUAGGGUUGUGGGUUAUCUUUUAUGUAUCUUCAGUGCUAAUCUUCUUGUUUCUGGUAUCUCACUCUUAUAUUUUGUUUCGCUACUCUAAUAUUUGGUGGAUGUCAAGUAGGUAUCUGUUGUCCUUUAUGAAUCGUGUCAAUGGGGGCAAUCUAGUCAAUUUAGUAGUCCCUCGGAAUUAUUCUGUGCAAUCAUAGUUCGCGAAUUUGUGUAAAA